AUGUUAUGUUAUGUUGAAGCAACAUCAAAAUUUUACAUUAAUAUAGUGCAAAGUUAUCUUUUGCUAGCGUUAAAUGUAUGUCGUGGUGCGCAAAUUAUAUUUAAUCGAAAUGUUUUUAUAAAAGAUCCUUAUUUAAUUAUUUUAAGUCAUUUUUUGAUUUAUAUAUUACCAGCACUUAAUAUCAUGAUACAGGUUCUUGCUAAUUGCACUAUAUUAUUGAAUACAUCAGGCGAAUCUUGCGAUAUAGUAUAUAGAUCUUUAGCUAUAGAGAUAUUUAAUAUAUUCAUCAUCUAUAUUAUUCCAGUUGCUUUGAAUCUUAUUGUCAUCACAUUUUGUAUUCGUCAUGUAAGUUCAGUAAAAGAUAUUCAUAGUCAACAAAUAAUUAACUUUCGUCGUAAACAUAAAAAAACUCUUCUAAUGCAAACAAUAAUAUUUUAUUCAAUAUGGCUUGUACUCUGGAGUCCAAAUGUCCUUGCUUUUCAAUUUAUUAAUGUUAAUACUGAAGCUGGCAUUUAUAUUUCUUUCCUUAAUUAUAUAGAAAUUGGAACUGAUCCGCUUUUUGUCGCUGUACUUGACAUUCGACUUUUUCAAUCAUGGAAAAUAACAUGGCGUAAAAUAAAAGGAUGUCGACGAAGAGCUAUUACUCCAGUGUUUCCAGCUACUGUUGAACAAAUCCAUUGA